UCAAUUAGCCAAUUAGCUAUUGAUUUUGAAGUCGACGAGCGAAAAAACCCAAAGCGAAUGCUCCUCAGUCAUGUGCUCCGUGCCACUCGAGCAGCACAGUCCGGCACUGCGCUUCAUGCGGCUGCUGAUGUGCUUGGCGCUUAUAGUGCCGCCACGCCCACAUCGUCUGAGGCUGAGGCUGCUGUACACUGGAGCUAUGGUAGUCUAUCUCUGUCUAAUAUCGCGUUGGCGCAUCGCCUUCAACUACCACGUGGAGUACGAUCGGCUGAACGAUACCUUUUCGUAUGUGCUUGACCUACUCAAUUUCGUGGCCUUGACAGUCAGCCACUUCGUGAUAUCCUUUCAAUUAAUCUGGCAGAGCCGCAGCAGUCGCAUCGAGGCACAGUUUUUGCACAUACAAAAUGUUCUCUAUGAGAAAAUUGGCCAUAAGGUCAACGCCGGUCGCAGUCGCUUAAUCACGAACGGAGUCUUUUGCUUAUUGUUGCUCCGCAUUUUGAUUCUAUUGGGCUCAACAGUUUACAACAAUACGAACUCGAACGAGUCGCUGCUGCUCAUCGCCAACUUUUACUCGCAAGUGGUGCUCAUAUUGCGCUGCAGCGAAUUCACAUUGCACUCAGCUCUCGUGCUGACCAUCUACCAGGAGAUGGAGGAGGCUGCCUCCACUGUCAUUUCAGGGCCAGAGAGUUUGCGGUGGGAUACCUGGGCCCUGCACCGUUUGCCCCUCAGGCACAUCGCCUGUCUGCAGCAGCUUCACCUUCUGCUCUGGAAUUUACAGCGGGAUAUCGAGAAAUACUUCGAGCGCGCUCUCAUUGUGCUGAUGCUCAAGUUCUUCAUAGACACCUCGGUACUCCCCUACUGGGCCUAUGUGAACAAAAUUCGAACGGACAAUGUUCCAAUGCAAAUCUGGUGUGCCACGGAGGAGCUGGGCAUUCUGUUGGAGAUGAGUGUGCCCUGUUGGUUCUGGACCCGCUGCGACCAGCUGCAGCGCAAGUUUCGCGCGGUUUUCCAUGGAGUAUCGGUGGAUCGACGCAACGAGCAGCUGAAUACCGCAUUGCAGCGAAUCUCGGCGCAGCUCGGGCAGGAAUCUUGUGAGUUCAGAGUUGCCGGAUUGCUUACGAUCAACAAUGAUUUGUUGGGCAAAUUUUUGUUCGGAGUUGUGAGCUAUACUCUGAUUUGCAUUCAAUUCUGGAUAACAUACACGACGAAGAUGCUGAGGCUGCUCUACACCGUUAGUUUGCUGAGCUACCUGGCCUUCGUGCUGCACUGGCGAUUUAGCUUCAACUACGGCGUCGUCUACAAUCGGAACGAUAAUUUCUCGCGUGCUGUCGACCUGCUGAACUUUGUCACGCUGACAGCCGCCCACCUUGUCGUGGCCAUGGAGCUGAUCUGGCAGGAUCGCAGCGAGCAGAUCGAGCAGCAGCUGGAGCGAGUGCGCUACGUGCUACGCGUGCAGUUCGGCCAGAAGGUGAACAUGCUGCGAGUGCAUCGCUACUGCCGGAUCAUCAACUCGAUACUGCUGACCUGCUGCCUAGCGCUGCUGCUGAUGACCAUUUACAACAAUCUGGCCACCAACAUGUCGCGGCUGCUCGUCUACGCCUUCUACUCGGAAGUCAUCCUGCUGCUGCGCCUCAGCGAGUUCUCUGUGUUCGCGGUGCUUAUCUUGGUCUUCUACAUGGAGCUGACCGAGGUCAGCUGCAGGCUGAUCCUGGAGCUGGACAAGACUCGCUUUGAGGUCUGGUCCCUGCGCCGCCUGUCGCUGGAGCUCCUUUACGUGCUGCAGCACCUGCACGGGCUGCUCUGGAACACAGUGCGGCUCAUCGAACGCAAUUUCGCAGUGAGCCUGAUAGUUGUGCUGCUCAAGUACUUUGUGGACAUCUCCGUCCUGCCCUACUGGAUGUUUGUCAACAACUACAACCAUGUGGAUAUUUCCACGACAUACUAUUGCGCAACUGAGGAGUCCUGCAAGCUGCUGCUGACCUUUCUGCCCAGCUACAUCUGCACGAGGUGCGAGGUGCUGAAUACAGCGCUGUACCGCCUCUCGGCGCAGCUGGGCCAGGAGUCCUUCAGGUUCAGUGCUGGCGGCCUGAUGGUAAUCAAUAAUGAGUCUCUGGGCAAGUUUAUCUUUGGCAUGAUAAGCUACAUAAUCAUUUGCAUACAAUUUCGCCUGGCCCUAAUCGACAACAGCCCAGAGGAAGUCGCCCAGAGUUUCGUUACAGUCGCACGGCGCCGCUAA